GUAACAUUUAUGCACUCACUACAUGAACGACGGUCACAGAACUAUUAUUUCAUCUGUGGUGUCUGAGUUGGUUAUGAAGUAACUUCAUCAAGAGACAAAGUUCCUCCACCCGAAAACAAUAAGAAGGUUCCGAAAACGAUAGAAGAAUUUGAGGAACAAGAAGCAAAGGAAGCUGAUGAGUUGGGGCAGGUGGGAGCAGGCCUCGGUGAUCGUAAGGUUCCUGAGUACUCCAUGAAUUAUCAGCAGUCAGUCACAGCCGAGGAUGUCUUUCUGCAGAAUGUUAUCCAGAAGUGUGUUAUGGAUUUAUGGAUUUCUUAUAUUUAGUGCCAUAUUAAUGCUAGAUUCCUUGAGGACAUUAGAUGAUAAACAAUUAUUUCCACCCAGCAAAAUACCUGAUAAUGCUUUAAAUCCACGACGUUCAAUCGUUAGACGAAAAAUAGUGUUAUAUCACAACUUCUUCCGUACGAAAGUUCGUCCCUCGGCGUCCAAUAUGCUUUUAAUGUCUUGGCAUGAAGGGGCAGCGCGACAAGCCCAGCGUUAUGCAGAGCAAUGCGUGUUCCUGCAACACAAUGACCCGAGGGAAAACACCGUGCGCAAUCUAGGUGCUUGUGGACAAAAUCUUUUCGUUGCUGCACAGAAGACUCCAUGGUUCUUCGCGCUUAAAACUUGGUUUCUCGAGUACAAGAAUUUUACGUACGGUGCUCCAGUCCAUAAUUUGAAAGCAGUUGGCCAUUACACGCAGAUGGUGUGGGCCACAAGUCACAAACUUGGAUGUGGGUUAGCUCAUUGUCCUGGUGGGCCUUGGGGGCAUUUUUACAAUUACGUGUGUCAUUAUUGUCCUGCGGGCAACUUCGACACCAUAACUCAGUACCCAUAUAAAGUGGGUUCGCCGUGUGGCGAUUGUCCAAAUGAUUGCAUCUCAGGCGAACUGUGUACUAACUCGUGUCCUCUGAAGGACUACUAUUCAAACUGCGAUCAACUAGUGGAAUUGACAGAUAUCUGCGGACAAGGUGUUUGCAAUGCGACCUGUACCUGCGGCAGUACCAGAUUGUAUAAAAAUUAUCCUUGGUAGCAUCUAAGUUUUUGUCUGUAUAUCUUUUUUAGAUUUGUAUGUCAAUUAUUUGUAUUAAACUAUACUGUAUAAAAUAUGAUAGCUUUAUCCACAAUAAAAAACAAUUUUGUAUAUACUUUCAUAUUUAAAGUUAGUGUACAAAUUAAGAUACAAUAGUAUUUAUAUAAAAGAUACAUUAUUUUUAACCUUAAGUAUGUAUAUAAAUAUAUAAUAUGUUUAAAGCGAUAAAAUAUAAUAAAAUUAUUAGCCUAUAAAACAAUAUAAAUUUACAUCACAUGUUACCAAAGUUACAGUGCGUGUAAUAACAAGCAUCUUGUAAUUUUUUUUUUUAUUAUGGGCUGUAUUUGUAGUUUUAAUAUAAAUUCGACUCGCUUCACGUACCAAAUUAAACGUAUCACAUCAAUCACUACUGAUCUCCUCUAUACAAUUUUAUUAUGUUAAAUAGACCAAAUACGUUCAGGAUGACAAACACAUUUGUUCAAUCACAUAUACAUAUGCACGCACGCAUGCGCGCACGCACAUUCAUGACACAUAUACACUCCAUUACACUACACUCUAAGUAUAUCAGCUCAUUCAACAUCCCAUUGCACAGGGCGCGGAUGCCUUCCAUAGGAGAAGUAGUCUACGUCUGCGUUAAUCGUAAUGAUUGGGUUAUAAUCCCGUACAAACAAACAAUUAUUUCACAAAAAUAUUAUAAUUGAUGUUAUACUCGUACAUAACUAUAUAUGCAAACAAUAGAAGAAAAUAUUGAAAAUUGA